GGAUUUGGGUUUGGCAUGAGCUGGAGGCAGAGUGUUUGGCAUGUGCAGAGACUCAGAGCUGGUCUGGGAGGUCCCCUGGGUCUGCUGUCUCCGCAGCCCCACACUUCAGGGAGAGCAAAGGGAGGCCCCGGGAGGGGCUGUUCCCCUUCCUGUGAGGCCACAGAUGAGGAACCUGUGACGUGUCACACGGAGCCUGGACCUUGUCACACCCUCUCUGUCUGUCUGUCCUGCCGGGCUCCGUGGACUUUCUCAGUUGUCUGCACAACUGGGGACCAUGGAAGGCAGGGCCAGGACACCUGUCCUCACUGCCCUUCUCUGCCUGGGGCUGUGUCAGGACCUGUGGAACCAGGAGUCACCCCCAAACCCUCCAUCUGGGCUGACCCAGGACCCGUGGUCACCUGGGGGAGCCCUGUGACCAUCUGGUGUCAGGGGUCACUGCAGGCUGACGUCUACCAUCUGUAUAGAGGGAGGGUCUCUAAACCCGUGUAUAUAGAGGCCCCACAGGACUCCAGCAACAAGACCAGUUUCUUCAUCGAAUCUAUGAGCACACACACUGCAGGGCUGUAUCAGUGUGCCUAUCACAUCCGCAGGAACGGCUGGUCAGAGCGCAGUGACCCCCUGCGCCUGGUGGUGACAGGAGCGUACAGCGCACCCUCCCUCUCAGCCCACCCAGGCCCUGUGGUGGCAUCAGGAGGGAAUGUGUCCUUGUGGUGUAGCUCAGAGGUCACAUCUGGCACUUUCCAUCUGCUGAAGGAGGGAGGAGCUAACUCAUCCCAACAAAUGGAGCCGAGGAUCCAUCAUGGCAGGUGGCAGGCCCUCUUUCCUGUGGGCCCCGUGAACACCUCCCAUGGGGGGACCUACAGAUGCUAUGGUUCUCCCAGCUCCUACCCCUAUGCGUGGUCACAGCCCAGCGACCCUCUCCACCUCGAGGUCACAGGCGUGUACAGGGAGCCCUCCCUCUCAGCCCAGCCUGGCUCGCUGGUGCUCUCUGGAGACAAUCUGACCCUCCAGUGUCGCUCAGAGGCCGACUUUGACAGAUUCGCUCUGACCAGGGAUGAGGGGCUCACACCCCCUCAGCAUCUUCACGAGCAGCACAGCCCUGACUUCCCCCUGGGCCAUGUGAGCCACACCCACGGGGGCCAGUACAGAUGCUACGGUGGAUACAACCUCUCCCACGUGUGGUCGGCCCCCAGCGCACCCCUGGACAUCCUGAUUGCGGGGAUGUACGAGAAACCCUCCCUCUCAGCCCAGCCGGGGCCCUCAGUGUCCUGGGGAGAGAACGUGACCCUGCGGUGUCGCUCUGAGAUCUGGUUCGAUACCUUCCAUCUGUCCAAGGAGGGGUCACCUGCUCCUCCCCAGCACCUUCGUCUGCAGGACACGGCCGCCCCCUUUCAGGCCAACUUCACCAUCGGUCCUGUGACCUCAGACCACGAAGGGACCUACAGGUGCUACGGCUCAAACAGCACCUCCCCCCACCUGUUGUCACUGCCCAGUGACCUCCUGGAGCUCCGGGUCUCAGGAGACUCUGAGGAUCCACUCUCCCCCGGGGAGUCAGGCACAAGGUGGGGUCUCACAUGGUAUCUGAACGUUCUGAUUGGAGUCACGGUGGCCUUCGUCCUGCUCCUCUCCCUCCUCCUCCUCUUCCUCCUUACCCGACACCAGCGUCAGGACAAACGCAGGACACCAGCCCAGACACAGGCUGAUCUCCAAUUUCCUGCAGGGGCUGCAGACCCACAGCCCAAGGACUUACGCCUGAAGAUCAGCUCCAGUCCAGCUGCUGACACCCAGGAACAGACCCUCUCAGAUGCUGCCGUGAAGGACACACAGCCUGAGGAAGGCGUGGAGCUGGGCCAUCAGCAGAGCCUGCAUGAUGAAGACCCCCAAGGAGCGACAUACGCCCAGGUGAACCACUCAAGAGCAAGACUCAGGCAGGGAGUGGCCACCUCUCCUGCCCCACUGUCAGAGGAACUGUUGAACUCUAAGCACAGACAAGCAGAAGAGGACAGACAGAUGCACAGACAGGCUGCUGCAUCUGAAGACCCCCAGGACGUGACCUAUGCCCAGCUGAACCACUUGAUCCUCAGACGGGAGAUGACACCCCCUUCCUCCCAGUCAGAGGAGCCCCCAGCAGAGCCCAGCGUGUACGCUGCUCUGGCCAUCCAUUAGCCCAGGAAGGACCCGGACCCCACCCUCCAGGGAGGGAGACUGCAGGGACCCCAGAAGGCACAGAAGCUGCCCCCACUAGACACUCAGCUAAUAACCCCCAGCCAGCCUGGAAUCCUAAUGUGGACCACCAGGAGCUUCUGGGACUCAUUGGGAGUCACCUGAUUCUGCAGUCUGAUAACUGAUAUCCCCACAUUUUGGAAAUAAAGCCACAGACUUCUCAGUAA